AUGGCAGCUAGCAAGGCGACGAUGAGACUGGCGGCUGCUCGACGAUGUGCGCAGUUUGCAUCACAGCCUCCGAGAUGUGCACGAUCAUUUGCGACCAGCGUACUACGAGCGAAGGAGACGGCUUCUCAGGAUGUUCGACCCAACCUACGACACGCUCAAAGACCGCCCGCUGGAAAGCUCACCGCUCCCAUUGUCAACCCUGCUGACAGGUAUGCCGAGAAAGCUGCGGACCUGCAUCGAUAUGGGCAGUACGUGAUGGCUUGCCUACCGAAGUACAUCCAGCAAUUUUCGGUAUGGAAGGAUGAGUUAUGCAUAUACAUAGCUCCGUCCGGUGUUCUUCCCGUCUUCAAUUUCCUCAAAUAUCACACAGCCGCCGAGUUCACCAUGGUGGCAGACAUUACUGCCGUAGACUAUCCAACGAAAGAUAAACGAUUUGAGGUGGUCUACAACAUGCUCAGUGUCCGACAUAAUUCAAGGAUACGAGUCAAGACGUAUGCUGAUGAAGCGCAACCGGUGCCGAGCAUCACCGGGUUGUAUGAUGGAGCCAAUUGGUACGAGCGGGAAGUGUAUGAUCUGUUUGGUGUCUUCUUCACCGGACACCCGGAUCUUCGAAGGAUCAUGACGGACUAUGGAUUUGAUGGCCAUCCAUUAAGAAAGGAUUUUCCUCUCACAGGUUACACAGAGAUCAGAUAUGACGAGGAGAAGAAGAGAAUUGUAGUGGAACCACUGGAGUUGACGCAGGCAUUCCGGAACUUUGAAGGAGGUACUUCAGCAUGGGAACAGGUCGGACCAGGGACCGACAGAAAGCCUGAUCAGGUAGAUGCUGCUAUCAGCUCCUCUAAUGUCAAGUUUACCCCAGCUAACGUUCGACAGUUCAAGCUUCCCACUCCGAAGCCAGAGGAAAAGAAAGAGGAGCAAAAGAAAUAG